CACCGUUACGAAAACCCAUCCGCUCCGAAACUCGGCUGAACGCGCGAAAGUCAAAGCCCGCGACGUAUUAAAAAAUCAAUCUGUCAAAAUUACCCGCGAAUAAAAAAACAAGCUGUCAAAAUUACCGCGUUCAAAAACUUUAAAAUUAGUGAUGAACGUAUGAUUUAUGAACGAAAGUUUGUGUUGUAAUUUGUGAAUGAAGUUUUUCAAUCAUGGAUGGCAGAGUGGUGUUACUUUUUGCUUUCUGCACAUGGCAUGCGAGUGCUCAGGAGUACUUUAGGAUGGGCUCAAACAGUAACACCGCAGAAGCGCAACAGUUCCUAAGAGAAUAUGACCGAGAAGCAUCAGGGAUGUGCUACAGAGUAACAAUAUCCCAAUGGAAGUUCGUGACCAACAUAACCGAGAUGAACCGCCGACGGAUGCUUGAGGAGCUCGCCAUCAGCUCCAAGUUCGAACGGCUGUCGUGGCGGAAGGCUGCAGCCUUCGACGGCAGUCGGCUGCCGGACGCUCAGGGCCGGAGGCAGUUGGCCAAGAUCGUGCAGGGCAGCAGAGCUGCGUUGCCUGAUGAUAAGUUUGCUGAGAUCCAGCAACUGAUAGCGGAGAUGAAGGAGGUCUAUAACUCGGCAAAGAUCUGUCCUUACGGACAGAAGCCGUUUGACCCCCACGUUCCCAGGAUACAGUACCCCAGCACAGGAUAUCAGGAUCAAAUGACUUCCUCCUACACUCAACCGUACUACGAAGAGUCCCCCUCCUACUGCGACAUGCAGCUAGAUCCGGAAAUAUCCCGGAUUCUGGCCCAUUCCCGGAUAGAGUCGGAGCUGCUAUACGUGUGGCGGAGCUUCCGGGACAAAACCGGACCGAAGCUGAAGAACCGGUUCAUGAGAUACGUGCAGUUGGCUAACCAGGCCGCUGUUGCCACAGGAUACAGAGACGCUGGCGAGCAAAUGAGAGCAGGCUACGACGACCCUUCUUUCAGAGCCAGCGUAGAAGAAACUUACAAUCAAGUGGCGCCACUGUACAAGCAACUGUUCACAUACGUACGCAGACGACUGGUGCAGAGAUAUGGAGAGACCACAGUGCGAUCUGACGGCCCUAUACCUUCACAUCUGCUAGGCAAUAUGUGGGCGCAGAACUGGAAAUCAAUCAUGGAUUUGGUGAUGCCGUUUCCUCAAUCCCCAAAUAUUGACGUGACUGCUGAAAUGCUAAGACAGGGCUUCACUCCAUUAAGGAUGUUCCAAAUGGCCGAGGAGUUCUACACCUCAAUGGGACUCAAACCCGCACCACCUGAGUUCUGGCGUGGCUCGAUGUUGGUGCGACCGGCCCAAAGGAGUGUGCAGUGCACCGCCAGUGCCUGGGACUUUUGUAACAGGAUAGACUACCGCAUCAAACAAUGCACGGAGGUAACCAUGCAAGACUUGAUCUCGACGCAUCACGAGAUGGCUCACAUACAAUACUACCUGCAAUACGCUGACCAGCCACAAUUGUUCAGAGAUGGAGCUAACCCUGCGUUCCACGAGGCCGUGGCCAACGCAGCAACGCUCUCCGUCUACAACUUGCCUCACUUACAGCGCGUCGGACUGUACCAGAACAAGUCCCACGAUCCAUAUGAAGUGAGCAUGAACUUCCUGAUGACCAUGGCUUUGGAAAAAGUGGCGUAUUUGCCAUUCGCGUUUAUGGUGGACCAGUGGCGGUGGACAGUCUUUGAAGACGGUGUUCAAAACAUGAAUUCAAGAUGGUGGCAAAUGAAACUACGAUACCAGGGUGUGGUGCCUCCUAUAUCGAGAUCAGAAGCCGAUUUUGACCCUGGAUCUAAAUAUCACAUCAUUUCAGACCAAGAAUACAUCAAGUACUUCCUAGCCACGAUACUAGAGUUCCAGAUUUUCGAGCAGCUCUGCAACGCGGCCGGGCACUCUGGACACCUGCACGAGUGCGAUGUGUAUAGGAGCAGGGAGGCUGGCAGAGUACUUAGUGAGCUGAUGCAGCCAGGCGCCUCGAAGCCGACUUCGGACGUCAUCCGAGCCAUGACGAGAGGCAAAACUAACAGGAUAUCACCCGAGUCUUUAGUCAAGUACUUCCGCCCGCUCGAGCUCUGGUUGCGGGUUCAAAACCGGGAUGAGCCACUCAUCGGCUGGAGCUCCAACUAUCACGAUGUGGCUCUGUUCGCGCCGCUACGGGACGCCGCGGGACGCGUUGCGGCGUCACUGACGCUGCCCAUAGUCUUAGUUGUUAUGUCAUGUUUGCUUAAAUAAAGUU